AUGUCGCAGGAAGGCGGUUUUAUUCGUAAGAGGAGGACCAGGGCGUCUCGAAAGAAGGUUGACUAUGCGGAGCAGAGCGACGGAGAGGUGGUGGAGGUGAAGCGCGAGGAUGACAAGGCGGUGGAGGGCAGGGAGAGCGAUGGAGAGGACGAUGAUGACGACGAGCCGUUGAGCAAGAAGCGGAAGGUUGCGAAGCGGCAGCAGAAGGUUGCGGAGCGGCAGCGGAAGCCGGCUCCCAAGAAAAAGGCUAGGAUGACGGACGAGCAGAAAAAGAUAGCGAGGUUUGAGAGGAGCACGCAGCGGAUGUUCCAGCACCAUCCGGAGCUUGCGGAGGUGUUCCAGCGGCUGCGGGAGACGCCGCGGGCGAAGCCCGUGCAGGCGCGGCAGCCGGACGGCAUGUGUGUGAGGCUGCUGCCGUUCCAGCUGGAGGGGCUGCAUUGGCUGGUGCAGCAGGAGAACAGCAAGUACCGCGGCGGGGUGCUGUCGGACGAGAUGGGGAUGGGCAAGACGAUCCAGACGAUCGCGCUGCUGAUGCACGACGUGUCGAAGACGCCGUCGCUGGUGGUGGCGCCGACGGUUGCGCUCAUGCAGUGGAAAAACGAGAUCGCGCAGCAUACGGGCGGGAGGCUCAGGACGUAUCUGUACCACGGGGCGGCGCGGACCGGGCAGGUGGAGGAGCUGGAGGGCGUCGACGUGGUGCUGACGACGUAUUCGGUGCUCGAGUCUGUGUACCGCAAGCAGGUCUACGGGUUUCGCCGCAAGAGCGGGCUGGUGAAGGAGCGGUCGCUGUUGCACAACAUGCGGUUCCACAGGGUGAUACUGGACGAGGCGCACAACAUCAAAGACAGGACAAGUAACACGGCGAAGGCGGUUAACGAGCUGAACACUGAGAAGCGGUGGUGUCUGACCGGCACGCCGCUCCAGAAUCGGAUCGGCGAGAUGUACUCGCUGAUCCGGUUUCUUAACGUGGAGCCUUUCUCGCGGUACUACUGUUUUGCGUGCGAGUGCAGCUCAGCGCAGUGGAAAUUCACAGACAACAUGCAUUGCGACUACUGCGGACACGUCUUCAUGCAGCAUCGGAGCUUCUUCAACCAUUUCAUGCUGAAGAACAUACAGACGUUCGGCGCUCAGGGCCUGGGGCUCGACUCGCUGAAUAACAUCCAGCUGCUGCUGAAGGACGUCAUGUUGCGCAGGACCAAGGUGGAAAGAGCUGACGACCUGGGGCUGCCGCCUAGAAUCGUCACGGUGCGGAGGGAUUACUUCAACGAGCACGAAAAGGACCUGUACCGCAGUCUGUACAUGGACGUUAAGAGGAAGUAUAAUUCCUACGUGGAGGAAGGUGUAGUGUUGAAUAACUAUGCCAAUAUCUUCACGCUCAUCACAAGAAUGAGACAACUCGCUGAUCAUCCGGAUCUCGUGUUGAAAAAAAUGAGCUCUGCGUCAAACGAUUCAAGCGUCAUUGUUUGUCAGUUGUGUGACGACGUAGCUGAAGAGCCAAUCGAGUCCAAGUGUCAUCACCGGUUUUGUCGACUUUGUAUCAAAGAGUAUGUCGAGUCGUUCAUGGAGGAAAACAGCCGGUUAAUCUGCCCGGUGUGCCACAUUGGCCUAAGCAUCGACCUUUCGCAAGCGGCUUUGGAGGUUGACAUGGAAUCGUUUCAGAAACAGAGCAUUGUCAGCCGUCUGGACAUGCAGGGAAACUGGAGAUCUUCAACGAAGAUCGAAGCACUUGUAGAGGAAUUAUACCAUCUUCGGAGCGACCGGAGAACGAUUAAAUCCAUCGUUUUUUCCCAGUUCACAAGUAUGCUGGAUCUAGUCGAGUGGAGACUGAAAAGAGCUGGCUUCCAAACCGUAAAGUUGCAGGGUAGCAUGUCGCCGACACAAAGAGAUGAAACGAUCAAGUACUUCAUGGAUAACAUUCACUGCGAAGUGUUCCUGGUCAGUUUGAAAGCUGGUGGUGUGGCUCUGAAUCUUUGCGAAGCUUCCCAGGUAUUCAUAUUGGACCCUUGGUGGAAUCCUAGUGUCGAAUGGCAAAGUGGAGACAGAGUUCACAGAAUUGGUCAACAUAGGCCGGUGAAGAUUACAAGAUUUUGUAUCGAAGACAGCAUCGAAUCAAGAAUCAUCGAAUUACAGGAAAAGAAGGCAACUAUGAUCAAUGCCACCAUCAAUCAAGAUGAGGCCGCUAUCAAUAGAUUGACCCCUGAUGAUUUACAGUUUCUGUUUAAUAACUAA